UGCACAUCUCAUGGUUAUUAACGUAUAGCGGGCAGGUACCUCUGAUAGCUAAUGUUUGACAGCCACUUGACAUACAUCAACGAUCCGUACCUAACUACAUAUUUUCGUCUUUCUUAUUUCAUGGUUGCCAACUAGGUUUCUACCAACCCAUUGGAUGUAGAUCAUAAAACAUCUACUUCUAAAUCGAUUCCUGAAACUAGGAAACUCGUAAUCGGAAUUCGUGAGACUAGUCUCUCAACCUGAGGAGUAACCAUCGCGAAACUACAGAGAAAGUGCCGGUGGCUGCAGUAGUUGUCCGAUCAUAAAAUGGUGGACUUCAAGCUAUCCGCGCAGCUUGUCGGACACAGUGCUGAUGUUCGGCACGUUUGCUUCCCCGCUCCAGAUCUCAUACUCUCCGCGGCCAGAGACUGUACCGUUCGCGCCUGGAAGCGAACUUCCACCUCCCCGCCAACUUAUGAGUCGACUGUCGCCACCGAAGGAACCGAGUUCUAUAACAGUUUAACCUAUUUAACCCCCUCUACAGACUAUCCCGACGGCCUAGUCGUAUCCGCCGGCUCCGAUACCAUCAUCGACGUCAGGAGGCCUACCUCGGGUUCCAAGGAUAAUGCGGAGCGUCUGCUGAUCGGUCAUGCCCGGAAUAUUUGCGCCUUAGCCGUUAUCCCUGGCGGUCAUUAUCUAGUGUCGGGUAGUUGGGACAAGACGGCGAGGAUAUGGGACCUUCGCAAGUGGGAUUUGGAGGCCAUCUUAAGCGGGCAUGAGGAAGCGGUAUGGGAUGUCUUGCCUUUGGAUGAGAACACGAUCGUGACCGCCUCUGCCGACAAAAACAUCCGCAUAUAUGACCUACGUACUGCUGUAGCUGGCGAAAUUCAACCCAAGAGCACCAUCUACGCAUCCGACGUCGUUCGCGCCCUGUGCCAAGUGCCGCCCGGUCACCCUAGCAGCGCCGACUUUGCCAGCGCUAGCAACGACGGAGUUAUCCGGUUGUGGAAGCUGAGCGGCCAGCAAGUUGGGGAGCUGCGUGGCCAUGAGAGCUUCAUAUAUUCCCUCGCUAGUCUGCCUUCUGGCGAAUUAGUCAGCUCGGGAGAAGAUCGGACGGUUCGCAUAUGGCGAGGCUCCGAAUGCCUCCAGACCAUUACUCAUCCCGCCAUUUCGGUCUGGUCCGUCUCGGUGUGCCCGGAAAGUGGAGACAUCGUGACGGGCACCAGCGACGGCGUUGCCCGCGUCUUUACGCGCAGCCCCGAACGCCUGGCCAGUCCUGAUACACUAGCGCAUUUCGACGAGUCUGUGAAAUCAUCCUCGAUACCGCAACAGCAAGUUGGUAGCGUCAACAAGGAAAAGCUACCGGGGCCCGACUUCCUGAAGAAUAAGUCGGGCACUAAAGAGGGCCAGGUGCAGAUGAUCAGGGAAGAGAACGGCUCUGUGACGGCGCACCAAUGGUCGAUGGGCCAACAGCAGUGGAUUAACGUCGGCACCGUUGUCGAUGCGGUUGGCAGCAGCGGGCGCAAGGUCGACUAUAAUGGUCAGUCCUACGAUUAUGUCUUCGAUGUCGCUAUCGAAGAGGGCCAGCCCUCCCUAAAGCUACCAUACAACUUAUCCGAAAAUCCUUAUACCAGAGCACAAAAGUUCAUCGACGAUAACGAGCUCUCGCAAAACUUCUUGGAUCAGGUCGCCCAGUUCAUCAUUACCAACACGCAAGGUGCCACGAUUGGCCAGGAUUCCGGAGGAGGGCCCGAUCCGUACGGCACCGAGUCGCAAGAUCGACCAGGUAAUAACUCUAGCUCGUCUAGCAAUAAGGUUCUACCGCAGCGCGAUUACCUGGUUAUCACGGCUGCCAAAUAUGAGCCUAUAUUCAAGAAGAUACUUAGCAUCAACUCCGGCCUCGAGGCUGCGGGGCGCAAGGACCACUCGCUUAACCCUCCGGCACAAGAGGUGUUAGCUACGGUAAAACAGAGAUUAGAAGCAGAUCAACCGGUGGUGGACGAGGCCUCUAUCAACCUCGUCGUCAUGAUGUGUGCGCGAUGGGACUACCCUGACAGGCUCGCGCCUCUCGAUCUAUUACGGUGCAUCGCGACUUCUACCGGUGCUGCCAAAUUCAAGUCGCCCGACUUCGGCAGUUUGGUGCAGAUAGCCAUCUCGGCCGCGCUUGAAGGCGUCCUAUCCGGUGCACAGCCCAACGAGCACCACGCUAUGAUGGCGUCCCGCACGAUUGCCAACCUCUUCAAAUCUGCCGAGGGCCGGAAACUUCUCGGACAGCCUUCGGAAGGGCUUGCGGCCGUCUCUUUCAUCGAUCGCGUGCUGGGCAUCGGUGGUCAGCCCGCGAUCGGCCCCUUCAACCGUAAUUUGCAAGUUGCCUUGACAACAGUCGCGCUGAACUUCGCCGUUCUAGCGUCUAGGGAACCGGGGAAGGUACCAACGAACGUGCAGGUUCGCUUGUUGACGGCGCUCGCCUGGAUUCUCCAGAAACAGACCGAAGGGGAGGUGGUGUUCCGAGCGCUGGUAGCCGCCGGCACUCUUAUCACCGUGAUCGGCAAGUACGCACCUGAGGCAAGAAGCAUGUCGUCGUCUAUAGCUUCAAGCAAAGAUCGUGCCUCCGAGCCGCGGGUGAAGCAGAUGGCCGACGAAUGUCUAGCGCUAUUGAGAUGAUUGUUCCCGGAAUUAUUGCCCGCGAAGCCCAUCCUUAGCCUAUCGGGUAAAGCGCUGCUGCUUACGAUACACGUUGAUACAUUUUAGUCCUAACAUUCUUCAUGCCGCGAGGAGUCGGGGCUAAGCAUUCCUAUGGCGACAACCGACGCAGACCUAGUAGUAAAAUCUACUAUUAUAGAGCUGUGACGCUGAAAAGUAAUUGAGAUCCCUUCCUAUAACAUUAGACAAGACCACCUAUCCGUGACUUGAUACUGUGACGAAAUGCGUUACUUCAGCUUUGCCGAUAACAGGUACUUAACCUAGUUAUGAGUACCCGGGUAGCCUUCCUUUCUUUAGCGAAGAUGCCAGAUCAAAGGCGACUCUCAUAUGAGAGUAGGAUAUAGCUCAGAUCCAAGUACGUUACUCCAACGCAGCCUGGUUGAGCAGCGUAUCCCCUUUCUACAUGCCUCCGUCAACGUUAGGCGUUGUCUCCGUACGCUCUAGAGAUAUUGCAAAGCCGGUCACAGAAUCAUCCGAGCCUAGCUUCACGUUCAAAAUAUUCUAGUUUCAUAGGGGUUUGUCCCAGUGGCGGCGCUUACUCUGACACGUCACGCCAUUGACGUGUGCAAGGUCAUGUUGGUAUCCGCCGUGCUUAUACGUAUGCUACACAGCUCUCCGGAAGAUCAAGUCUGA